CAAUGAAUUUAAGUAAUGAAAUACCAAAACUCCAUUAACUCCCUGGCCCGGUCCUUCGGUUGCUAGAGUAGGAGCUCCAAAAGUCUACAGAAAGGCCAAAAAUUUUCAUUGACGAAAUUCCAACCAAACAGUCCCUAACAAAAAAUUAUCAAAUAUGAUCUAACUUCACUCCUUCACUUCCCAUCCGAUCCCGAAAAAGAAAAAAAGCAGAUCUCUAUAAAAGAAAAAAAAAAGGCGUUUUAAGACGGGGAUGUUUGGUUUUGAUCUGGAGUUGAAAUGAAAUGCAGCAGCCGAAUCUGUUUCCGUUCGGCAGCGUUUUAGGGAAUCCGUUUUUGUUGAAUGGCGGCGUUGGCGGUGACGGUGGCGAUUUAAGCGACGGUGGAUUUGAGAGCUCUAGGGUUUUCUUCUUGGUCCCUUUUUUGUUAUUCCAAGGAGGUGGAAUGGAUUUGUCCAAGGUUGGGGAAAAAAUCCUCAGCUCCGUACGGUCAGCCCGAUCGCUUGGUCUCUUGCCUUCUGUUUCUUCUUCUGAUCGCCCCGAGGUUCCAGCUCGAGCUGCUGCAGCAGCUGCUGUUGCUCGUGCUCUAGCAGGAUUGCCACCUCAUCAGAGAUAUAAUCUUCCAUCAAGUUCUGAAGAACUGAGGUCAAUAUAUGGAAGCAGACCUCAGAGUCAAGUAGUGGAGGAGCUAGAGGAAGACUUCUAUGAAGAGGAGUUUGAUCCAAUAAAACACGUUCUGGAGCAUAUUCCUUCUGAAGAAAAUGAACUAGAAUAUUUUGAGAAACAGGCCACUCUUAGAUUAGCACAACUGGAUAGAGUAGCUGAACGUUUAUCCCGCCAUGUUAUGGAGCAUCAUGAAGUAAUGGUGAAGGGUAUGAAUUUGGUCAGGGAAUUGGAGAAAGACUUGAAGGUUGCAAAUGUUAUCUGCAUGAAUGGAAGAAGGCAUCUAACCUCAUCAAUGAAUGAGGUUUCAAGGGACCUUGUUGUGAACACUGAUUCUAAGAAGAAGCAAGCUCUUAUGGACUUGCUUCCAGUAUUGGCUGAGCUUCUUCAUGCACAGGACAUGCAAUUAGCUCUCGAAUCUCUUGUUGAGGAAGGUAAUUACUGCAAGGCAUUUCAAGUGCUAUCUGAGUAUUUACAACUACUUGAUAGUUUGUCAGAGCUCUCAGCAAUACACGAGAUGAGCCGUGGUGUUGAGGUUUGGCUAGGAAGAACUCUUCAAAAGCUGGACUCUCUUUUGUUAGGAGUCUGCCAGGAGUUUAAAGAAGAAAGCUAUUUAACUGUGGUUGAUGCAUAUGCUUUAAUAGGAGAUGUCUCUGGUCUUGCUGAAAAGAUACAAAGUUUUUUCAUGCAAGAAGUUAUCUCAGAAACUCACUCUGUAUUGAAGAGUAUUGUCCAUGAGGAUCAAGAUGUACAUAUGCAAAAUAGUAGACUUACCUACAGUGAUCUAUGCCUUCAGAUACCUGAAUCUAAGUUUAGGCAGUGUUUAUUAAGAACACUAGCUGUCCUGUUCAAAUUGAUGUGUUCAUACCAUGAAAUCAUGGGCUUUCAGCUGGAGAAUAAGGUUUUAGGGUGCCCAACAACAAAUGCCAAAUUGAUGGAAGACGAGACACCAGGUUCAUCUUCUGUAGAGGAGUCUACAACAGGCACUUCCUUAGCUGAUGCAUCUGAAAGGACAGAUUCUGGAAAUGCAGAAUCUCAGGAACCAAUUUCUGAGGGUAGAAAUGGCGAUGGUGAAAUGUCAAGCAGUGGAUCUCCAUGGUAUCAAUUAAGGAAAGAAGCCAUAGCUUUUGUGUCACAAACCCUUCAGAGGGGACAUCUCAACACAUUCAUCCUGGCUGGGGAAGCCUUCUGUGGAGUUGAGGCAGUUGAAUUUAGGCAGAAACUGAAGGGUGUUUGUGAAAAUUAUUUUGCAGCAUUUCAUCGGCAAAACAUAUCUGCGCUUAAAAUGGUUUUGGAGAAGGAAACCUGGCUUAGAUUGCCACCAGAGACGGUACAGAUAAUUAGUUUUGCUGGGCUGGUAGGUGAUGGAGCACCCUUAAUUGCUGCAUCUGAUGGUAACUCUUCUAAUCCUAGGGUGCUUCACACUGACAAAUCAGUAAACACAGGUGCCAAGAAGAGUGGAUUUUCUCCUUGGCUUAGAAAUGGAAACCCAUUUUUGCUAAAAGCAAGCAGCAGUCCCAAAGAAGCUCAUAAUUCCUUCCUCCUUAAUGGAACAACCUCUGGUGAAUGUGAGGGAAAUGUUGGUAAUCUUCAUGGUGAUGUUGUCUCUCCACGCAAUGGUGAUGUAAAUCAUAUCUAUGGCUCCAAUUCUAUAUCAGAAGAGGAAAAUGAGGAUUUACUUGCUGAUUUUAUUGAUGAGGAUAGUCAGCUCCCUAGUCGAAUUUCAAAAACCAGCCUUUCAAAAAGUUACUCUUCUCAUUGCAGUAAUGAUGAGUUUACAGCACAAACUGGAUCAUCUCUUUGUCUUCUAAGGUCAAUGGAUAGGUAUGCAAGGUUGAUGCAGAAACUUGAAAUAGUAAAUGUUGAGUUUUUUAAGGGCAUGUGCCAAUUAUUUGAGAUGUUUUUCUAUUAUAUAUUUGAAACAUUUGGUCAGCAAAACAUGAAUGCAAGUGGAAUGAGUUCUACUGACUCUCUAACUUAUCGGUUAAAGACAGCCUUAUCAAGAAUAACUCAAGAUUGUGAUCAGUGGAUAAAAACUCGAUCAGGAUCCUUAUCAUCUCCACCUGUACAUGCAGAUGUGACACCUAAUGUUCCUCAAAUAACAAAUUUUGGUCCUCCAGCAGGCACCUCCUAUGGUCCAAAGGAAAGAUGUGCAGGUGCUGAUACUGUAGCCCUUGUUGCUAGAAUAUUGCAUAGAUCUAGAACUCAUCUCCAAUCAUUGCUUUUUAAGAGUAAUACAGCUGUAGUUGAAGAUUUCUUUGUACAGCUGGUGGAUUCUGUGCCAGAUCUUAUAGAGCACAUACAUAGGACAACCGCAAGAAUACUGCUCCACAUUAACGGGUAUGUUGAUCGAAUUGCUAAUGCAAAAUGGGAACUGAAAGAGCUUGGGAUGGAGCACAAUGGGUAUGUGGAUUUAAUGUUAGGAGAAUUUAAGCACUACAAAACAAGGCUUGCUUAUGGGGGAAUUCACAAGGAGGGUCAAGACCUCCUCUUGGACUAUGGACUUGAAAUUGUUGCAGAGACUCUUAUUGAAGGUCUAUCACGAGUGAAGAGAUGUACUGAUGAGGGACGAGCUCUCAUGUCAUUAGACCUUCAGGUUUUAAUCAAUGGCCUACAACACAUUGUCCCCUUAAACGUGAAGCCAAAGUUACAGAUUGUUGAAACUUUCAUCAAGGCUUAUUAUCUCCCUGAAACCGAAUAUGUACACUGGGCACGUGCUCAUCCUGAAUACAACAAGAAUCAAAUUGUGGGGUUGAUAAACCUUGUCGCUUCAAUGAAAGGUUGGAAAAGAAAAACCAGGCUGGAAGUGCUAGAAAAGAUUGAAUAAGCAGGUAUGUAGCCUUGAAAUUACAAUGUAAAGUUCGAUACUUAGAUAAAUUUUUUGUUCUUUGAAACAAAAUUAUGUAUAUCCCAUAGUUUAUUGAUUCCGGUUCAUUACAAUGAGUGCAAAUGAGGUUGUAUAUGUUCAAAUGUUUCCUUUUGCGAUACAUGUGCUUCCCUUUUUAAGGGUAUAUGUAAUGUAAUCUUGAAGUAACACAUGAUGCUAAAUAAUCAGGUUCCAUGCCUUUUGACAUAAGUAGAUAUAUUGCAUGUAUUAAUAUCUCUAUAAAAAUAUCAAGUGCUAUUUUCUUUCAACAUUAAGUUUGUGCCUGGAAGCAUAA